ACCGAAGACCAACCAACUUCUUAAUCCAAUGGAAAAGUCAAACGUUACCAUCAAAGAGGAAAAAAAGAAUCGAAAUCCACUUCCCACUGUCACUCUCGGAUCAGGGAUAGCUUCCAUCGUCACCCACAUCACCGCCCUCGAUGCUGCUCUUUCCUGUUAUUCUGUUUCCCUUCCUUCUCCUCCUCCUUUACUUCAUCGUCCGUCCCCGCCCCGUCAACAUCCCUAUCAAAAACCGCCACGUGUUCAUUACAGGCGGGUCAAGCGGCAUCGGGCUAGCCUUAGCCCACCAGGCCGCUUCCCAGGGAGCCCGUGUCUCCCUCCUAGCCCGCUCUCUUAGCAAGCUCGAAGAAGCGAAACAAUCAAUUCGACUUUCCUCCGGAGUUGACGUUUCGAUCUUUGCUGCUGAUGUUCGUGACCACGACGCCGUUCAGAAGGCGAUCAACGAUGCGGGGCCCAUCGAUGUGCUGGUGGUUAACCAGGGUGUUUUUGUGCCUCAGGAGCUGGAGAAGCAGGGAUUGGACGAGGUCAAAUUUAUGAUCGAUGUGAAUUUGAUGGGAAGUUUUAAUGUCAUCAAAGCUGUUUUGCCGUUGAUGAAGGAGAGGAAGGACCGUGGGCCGACCUCUAUUGCUCUUAUGUCUUCCCAAGCUGGGCAGGUGGGGGUUUACGGUUACACAGCUUACUCCGCCAGUAAAUUUGGGCUAAGGGGAUUAGCAGAAGCGUUGCAGCAGGAGGUUAUUGCGGAUAAUAUUCAUGUCUCUCUCAUAUUUCCACCAGAUACUGACACUCCUGGUUUUGAGCAAGAAAGUAAAGUUAGACCAGAGCUCACAACGAUUCUAGCAGGCUCCUCUGGUUCAAUGAAAGCUGAUGAAGUUGCCAAGAAAGCUUUAGAUGGCAUCAAAUCUGGAAGUUUCAUUGUCCCUUGCAACUUUGAGGGGCAGAUGCUUGCCAUAGCUACUGCUGGUUUGUCCCCUCAGAGAUCUUUCUUGAUGGCAUUCAUUGAGGUGGCUUUCAUUGGUAUAUUUCGUCUUGUAGCUUUAUUUUUCCAAUGGAACUGGUAUGGGAGCAUAGAACAGUGGCAUGCAAAGAAGAAAGAGAAAUAGAAUUCCUUGGUGCUUGAUGUGGAUCAGCAUUGCUUCUUCUGGCAUCUAUUACUUACUUCUAGGAUCUCAUGGACGUGGAUCUUUGGCUAAUAACAAGUUUCAGCUUUCAGCAUUCAGGAACUGAAGCUCUCCCGAACUCUGCAUCUAAGUUUCAGCACAUUUCAACUAAUGCCAUGUAUAUCUAAAAGAUCAGAUACCUUAGUUUUUUACAUUCCGACUUUCAAAUUAGCUGUUGCUAGAAAUGAAAUGUAGCCAAAUUUUAAUACAGUGAAGAGCUGCAGCAAUUAUACGUUUGCAUUGGAAAGUUAUAAUGUGUGUUUGAACUUUUUA